CCAUUUGACGGAUAUAAAUCAUAAUUUAUCUAAGUUGCGUUGUAGUCGAAUAUUUGGAUGAUUUGGAAACUGAGCCUCAGGUUAUUGCUCUUGCUAGCAGACGGCCAAUGCGAUUCUUCUGACAGAUACAAUUCAAAGCCAAACGCAAUCUCAGAGAGACACGUCAGUUUCGUGUAAAACUAAUUCGUUAAGCAUUUUCUCGAAGCGUCACUUCAUCUGAAUAUCGCAGACGUGAAAAACGUUCGACAAUCGUUGCAUGUAAAACGAAGUUACUAUCGUCAUUUAGUGUUUUCAUUGAAAAGUUUCGUUUUCUAUAUACCUCGUGGACACAGAGAGUGAUAGUUAAAACUUUUUUUACUUCGAGAAUUGUUGAUAAUAUUUUGAAAACAUUGACUCAACAUGAGGGGAAGAAGGCAACCUGGUUUACAGUAUGGUUUAGUUUUAUUAGCAUCACAAGCCAUGAAUUAUGGAAUAGACAAAAUACCACCAACAACACUUAUUGGAAUGGCAGUACAGAGCUUACUAUAUGCAGGACUUAUACAAGUACCUUGGAACCCUGAAGAUGUUUGUAUAUCUACAUUCAAAGUAUUGAAGUACAAGGAAUGGAGAACAAUAUUUUUAUCAAAUUUUGAACAUGGUUCAGAUAUGCAUCUCUAUUACAAUAUGGUGUCAUUUCUUCUCAAAGGUUCAUUUUUAGAACCAAUGUAUGGAACAGCUAAUUUUGCUAUACUAAUAGGUCUCUUAUCUCUUGGUUGUGGGAUGAUGUACGUAGGCUUGGGGCAUGUAUUAACACUUAUAACAGACGAUUUUUCAUAUUCUACGGCUUGUGCCAUUGGAUUUUCAGCAGUAUUAUUUGCUCUAAAGGUAAUAGUGGUAUGUGAAGAGCACGAUAGACCACAUGAUGUUGGGGGAUUCAGAGUUCCUAGUAAAUAUGCUGUUUGGGCUGAAUUAGUUCUUAUUCACAUGUUGGUUCCAAAUUCAUCUUUUAUUGGACAUUUGGGUGGAAUUUUAGUUGGUUGUUUGUACUGUUAUACUUUUGUUGGAGAAAUUAUUGAUAGUAAGGUAGCAAUGUUAACAGGACGACCAAUUAUUCAUGAAGAACAAUUUUACAGAAGACGUUUUAUCAGAAUAUUUUAAGUGGUUACUUACUACAUGUUUAUAAAUGACUGAACGUACAAAGAGACUUAUAAUAAGAAUAAUUGUUUCUAAAUAAAUUAUAAGCAAAGUGAUAUAUUAGUUUUACAUAGUGACAGUAUGAUUCAAUGAUUGUUGAA